AUGGAUAUCAUCAACUCCAUCACCUCAGCUUCGGCUUCCACGGUCAAAGUCCUUCCUCAGCCACGACCUCAAGUUUUUAUCAAUUUCCGGGGACUGGAUCUUCGGGAUGGCUUCAUCAGCCAUUUGGAGAGGACUUUUACAGAACAUCAUAUCAACUACUAUAUCGACAGGGAGGAGCUCCGGAGCGAACCUAUUGGAAUCCUUUUAAAAAGGAUCAAGGAGUCGCAAAUCGCUCUGGCGAUCUUCUCUGAAGGGUACGCAGAUUCAGAGUGGUGCUUGGAUGAACUGGUGGAGAUAAUGAAGAACGUCAAAACAGGAAACCUUAGAGUUAUUCCCGUCUUCUUCAAGGGAGAGUUUGGUGUCAAGCUAUAUGCAGAAGGUCGUCGUAAGAGACCCAACAUUUCACAGUGGGAAGAGGCUUUAGAGUCUGUUCCCACAAUUAUGGGUUUGUUCACAGGACAAGUUUCUCCUCGAUAUUGUCAAGGAAGUCCAGAAAGUGGAAGCUAA